CUUUUGCGUUUCCGGUCUCUUAGGGGGCAUCGGAAAUUUGAUGAAUUUGCCUGUCUGGGACCCGUGCCUGACUGGGUCGAUAUGAUAUGUUCCGAACCAGGGGUCCAGGUGAUGGUCAUAGGCUGGGUCAAAUCUCAGCGCAUGCUAUUACAGGCAGGAGUUCAGGCUGUCGACAUGUUUGUCGUCCGAUUGUCUCCAUGUCGACUACGCAGGGAGAAACGUGCAAGGCAAGAGCUAGAGCUGGCUAGAGACGAACAUGGAUUCGUGAACAAAUCACGGGACUUGGAAACAAAAGGAAAAGGAAAGGGUACAAAGUGAAGUCACCAGAAGUGUGGAAGUGGAGGAGUGGCAUGCAUCAUAGUCACGGAAUACGAAAGGGUCUCCUGAUAAACUCCCACGUAAGUAAGAAGUAUGCUUUCUGACUGUCAUUCUCGAUGAGGAGAACAAUGCCACGCACGGGAGCGAAAGAAAGAUUGUGCUCUUGAUCAAGUCGGAGCUCAGGUGACUGUAUGUGUACACACGAAGAUGGCAGGAAAGUUGUACAUGGAGACAUGGCUUUAGGCCUAAUCCAGGCCAUUAGCUUACGAAUCAAGGUCAUUGUCCUUCUGGCUGAUUGCGAGUGGAAGGAGCGCUGGCUGGACACCGCUGACGUCGGAGGCGAGUAGAGUUCCAACGAGGCUCUUGCUUGAACUGGAUCGAGAGCAUACGUAAGCUGAUUCAAGUCUUUGGACCCUAGAGAACAAGCAUACAGGUUGGUCUAGAUCCGAGUAUGAAAGCCUAAACUCGUACAGACUCUAGUUAUGUUUGUACUGUAUUGCGCUAGGCCAAGGGGUCCAUGCUCCGUCUGCUCUGCCUGGUGGGGUCGCAGAUGAUAGCUCCUCCCCGGCGUCAGUCCAGACCAGUCCAGUCACUUCCAUGCCAACAUGCUGUAGCAGCAAAUUCUCAGUUGCUUGUUAACACAUACAGACGAGACGACAAGCCACAGGCCACUCAAGCCCUCCACAAGAGACAGAUGGUCAAGAACGUCCACCUUGCUUACGUACCUCAUCUCAUCAUUUUUGUAGCCAUUGUGGAAAUGGGUGCAGUAGAUUUGUCGUGGGGGAGCCAGUCUUCCAUCAUGUUUCACUCGGAGGACCGAGGACGAGGGCGAUGAGGUUCAAAGUUAGAACCAUGAAUGACCGAGUUACAGAGUGAUUGAGUGAUAGGUGAGGGCGGGCGGGCGGGCGGGCGGGCAGCAAGCACCAAGAAACACAAUGCCACCAAACAGUGAUAUCUGCGAUUGGAUUGUGGGUAGGCGUUCCCGACCGAGGCUAAAUUUAGUGGAGUGCACGUCCUCAGGUGUUAUCAAAACGACCUCAGUCGGUUUAUUCGUAGGUCCAUUCAUUCUCGGGAAUGAUGCAAGCCUGUCGAUUUGGCCAUUUGAGAUGUGGUGUUUUUGGAUGUAUCUUAUAAACGCACCGCCAAACUUGUCUGGGUGAAUUCAUUUUGUCCAUGUUUGGAGCACCACCCACUUCGAUUUAUUUAAACACAGUACCUCCUUAACACAGCCCCACAAUUGUGGGUCUCAGACACGUAGAGUUAUAUGGAAAAUAAAUACAGUCGUGUAGCGAUUAUUUUUAUGUCAACACAGAGAGG